AUGAAAGAGGCUGAGGAUGCAAGAGAGAAAGACAGAGUCUCAAAUCGGAGAAGGAAUUAUGACAACAACAAAGGAAGGUUUCCACGGGCGCAAAACUCGAGAAACAAUUUUGCUAGCAAUGAAGGGAAGAAGAAUGCGGGUCAGAUGAAUUUCCAGAUUCAGGUAUGUCCAAAAUGCAAGAAAAAUCAUGCUAGAGAAUGCUUGGCAGGAAGAGGUGUGUGCUUUAAGUGUGGAAAGCCUGGACAUAUAUUGAGGAAUUGUCCUCAGAAUCAAGGUCAUAAUUCAUCAAACCAACCUACAACAAGAGGAAGAGUUUUCACCCUAAGUGGUCAGGAAGCUGCUCAAGUUUCAAAUUUGGUUCAAGGUACAGGCUUAAUACAAGAUUCUCUUAUAACUGUACUUUUUGAUUCUCGGGCUUCUCAUUCUUUCAUGUCCUUAUCUUCUGCUCAAAAGUUAAAAUUACCAAUUUCCCUUUUACCUUCCUAUCCUGAAAUCUUUCUUCCUACUGGAGAAAAGAUAACCAUAUCUCAAGUCUGUAAAAACUAUCAUUUUCAACUCGAAGGGGAAUUGUUUGAGGUAGAUUUAGUUUGCUUGCCUAUGAUUGAUAUAGAUGUGAUUCUUGGUAUGAAUUGGUUGUCUGCUAAUUGUGUGGUCAUUGAUUGUCAUAAUAAAAAUAUAAUUUUCACAAAAGAGUCAGAACUUCCCAAUGAAUCUUUAUUCUUGUCAACUUCACAACUUAGAAAGAGUUUGUUAGAUGGAGCACAAGGAUAUGUUCUCUUUAAUCUUUGA